AGCGUUUUAAACAAUGAUAAACAUGAAUUAGACGGGCAAACAUUGGUUCUUAAAACAGCUGAUAUUCAAUAAUUGUCUCUUACUAGCAAAAUUCCUGUUUUUUUUUUUUAAUAGACCUAUUAGUAUAUAAUAUAGUUUAAGUAAUGGAUUUUAAUUCUAAAAAAAUAUGUGAUCAGUUUGAUAAAGCUGUCUCUUUUAUUUCUGGGUCUAAUUUAUCUGAUGUUGACACACAGCUUAAAUUGUAUGGGUUUUAUAAGCAAGCAAUAGAAGGUAUAUGUACUCAACCAAAACCUCCAAUAUAUGAUCUAAAAGGUCGUAAAAAAUGGUAUGCCUGGUCUGAAAUGGGUUCAAUGUCUAAAGAAGAAGCCAUGACAUCAUACAUAAAUUUAGUAACGACAAUAAAUCCAAACAUAGAAACAGAAAAAACUGGAUGGGUGACAGUAAGUACAUUUGCCAAUGAUGAACUACCACUGUCAGAAAAUGAAAAAACCAUUAGUGAUUGGGUUAAAGAAGGGGACUUAAAUAAAAUAAAGACUUUUAUAGGCAACAUAAAUGUUCAUGAUUGUAUGGGAAUGGCACCAAUCCACUGGGCUUCGGAUCGUGGAGAUUUGGAAAUUUUGAAAUUUUUAGUGGAAAAUCAUUCGGCUGAUGUCAAUUUACAAGAUAAUACGGGCCAAACAGCUUUACAUUACGCUGUAUCUUGUAGUCAUGAAGAGAUAUGCAAAUAUUUGGUUAGCAUGGGUGCAAGCAAAAAUAUUCAAGAUGAGGAUGGAUUUACUGCACUAGAAAUGUGUUUGGAUGACAAAUUAAAAUCACUAUUGUCAAUAAAUUAAAUGUUUAUACACAAUUCUAUAUUUCUAUGUAUAUAAUUAUAAUUAUGAUAUGUUAAAACCAAAUUAAAAAUUAUUGUAUGUAAGAAUAAAAUUUAGUGAGUAUUAUGUAAUAUUUUUAAAAUAAAUUAAAAUCAUUUUAUUCAUAA